AAUUACGCAAAUCUAGCUGGCCCCAUUUUCACAUAUAUAUUCAAUUACUUAAAUAUCCUAAUACACUAUGUCCCGUUAUUGUUCCAACAGAACAUCUGCUUCUCAGUCGUGCCAUGGCAACUCAAUCUAUCCAUGAAUUCACUGUCAAGGAUGCCAAAGGGAAUGAUGUGGAUUUGAGCAUUUACAAAGGGAAAGUCCUGCUAAUUGUCAAUGUUGCAUCAGAGUGCGGCCUGACAGACUCAAAUUACACAGAGUUGACAAAGCUGUACGAGAAAUACAAGGAUCAAGGUUUGGAGAUAUUGGCAUUUCCUUGCAAUCAGUUUGGUUCCCAGGAGCCUGGAACCAAUGAACAGAUUCAGGAGUUUGCUUGCACUCGUUUUAAGGCUGAGUAUCCAAUAUUCGACAAGAUUGAGGUGAAUGGGGAAAAUGCUGCUCCGUUGUACAAGUUCUUGAAGUUGGGAAAGUGGGGGAUCUUCGGUGAUGACAUUCAGUGGAAUUUCGCAAAGUUCUUGAUUGACAAGACUGGACAGCCUAUUGAUCGCUAUUACCCCACAACAUCACCUCUCACAAUUGAGAGGGAUAUUAAACAGCUCUUGGGGCUUCCAUGACCGAUGAGCUACUUGACGUGCACAUGUUCUCAUCUCUGUUUGUUGUACGAUGAAAAAUAAUACUCCUGAAUGACUAAAAUCAACUCGUUAUAUGAUGUACUCCUAAUACAACUUUAUCGUAAGAUGAAUAACAAGGUUUGCGACUUUUGCAUCAAA